AGUAAAAUAUCGAAUUUAUUACUUCAACUGCGGCUCGGGUAACGAGACCUCGUAAAAUACUUUCAGAAAUUACGGACGACGGAAACAGCUUUAUAUUGAAAAGUGCAGCAAAUAGCCGAUAAUGAUAAAGUGCUCGUUUCUGAUUAAAGGUCUCACAAAUAUUUUAGUGAUUCUGAUUGCGUUCAAGACUACAAAUGCAGUCGGAAACACAGUUAAUCUUAAAGACAUCUACUCCGUCAUCGAAAACCUCGUGGGGCCGAUUCUGAAGUCCGUCAAUAUACAAGUUUCUGAAGACGGGUACACAACUAACACAACACCAAACAUAAAUAAGAAAGGCAAUAAGACAUUACAAAAUUCUACUAAAGAUAACGAUCCUAUAAAUAACGAAAUACUUACAGAUGAUCAAGAAAAAUUUAUAGAUGGCGUUGUAAAUAAUCUACAAAAUUCUUCUAUUUUAAAGAACGUUCAACCAGACGAAAUACAAAGGAGAUUUAAUAACGAUACUAGCGAUGAAGAAGUGCCUACAGAUGAUAGUGAAGAAACUAUUAUAUUACGAGAUCCCAAUUUAAUAGAACUUCAGCCUAACAGAAGGAAUAUAGAUACAAAAACAAUAUCCACCAACAUUACCAAUGACCGGUCUGAAAUAUAUAAAGAAUUGCAAAAUAAAAUAGGAGGUCUGUUAAACAAAGAACAAAUAUCUAAUGAAACGAAACGAUUGAUAAGCAAUGCUUUCGAUAAAGUUGUAAAUCAAAUGAAUAACAAGUGCGUUUUCAGGGCAUCGCAAGAUCUAUCGUCUAAUGCAAAAUUCAGAGUAGGCAAACCUGAAAAGAGAGCUAUGAAGACUAUGCUAAAAUUAUACAACAGCCAAUUCAAUAAAUUAAUUGACGGAUAUAGUUUCGACAGCAAAGAGAAUUCAAGGUUCCUUAGGAAUUUACGGGAAUUAUUUUUCGAAAUGCACAAUUCUUUCAAAAAAUUCACCUUGCAAGACGAUCUACAAUGCAAGGUCGUUAAACAUAAAUCUAAGAAACACACAAAGCAUAGUUCAGUGCAUACUACCACUGAACAUAAAAACAUACUUCGCGAAAAACAUACUACCAAAAGUAGCAAAUGUGAAAUCCGGUCUAUUUGCCCCUUUGAAUUAAAAAUGUAUUUAGCUGAUUUUGCAAUGAGCGUUUUAGAAACUAUUGACCUAGUGUUCAAUAACUAUAAAAAGAUGUACCUAGCUGACGUGACAAAUGAAGAGAGCGGUGAGGAGAAAAGGUUUUUGCAGGUUAUGAGGGACACGAACAGGCUGAUAAACAAGAAAUUUAAUGAAACAUUUAUAGAGGAAAUUUAUAAGCUCGAUAUGGAUUCUAGUGCGGAUAUUAAAGCAAAAGUGGCGAAGGUCGACAAAUUUAUUGGUGGGGCUGUUAGUCAUAUUAAAGCGCUGGUUAAUGGUGCCUUAACUGACGAAUUAAUAAGGAUACCUUCAAAAAUGCAAUCUACGGUAAACAAAGAUAUAAUGACUAAUAUGGAUAUAGAAAUGGUCAAUAUGGUAGAUAAAAUUAAGUCUAAAAUGUGUAAAGCAUUUCAAACAUGCUAUACUGGCUAUAGCAUGUUUGAAAUGCUUUACACGCAUGCUAAGGAAGAGUAUAGUUCCUAA